AUGGAGUCUCAACACGGAGGUCGCUGUAGGAUGGAGGGUGUGUGUCCGGCAGGAAAGUGGGGCGACACGUGUCAGGAGACCUGCAACAGUAAAUGUUUCAGCGGAAGUCCGUGCACAGAUACGUCGAAAGUGUGCGGAUGUGAUGAGACGUCUGGUCGAUGUAAAACAUGCGUCUCUGGGUGGUUUGGAGAUAGUUGCGAUACCACAUGUUCUAAUUCCUGUUCUUACGGAUGUGACAGAACCAAUGGAGAGUGUGCUACCUCUGAAGAUUGUGAAUUAUGUUUAAACGGCCUUAACAGUUGCGUAUCCGGAAAGUGUACCGAAUGCAAACAUCAGACGUUUGGAGAGCAGUGUGAGAUCAGUUGCUCUUUCUGUCCGAGAGGCUGUACACCGGACUUCGGGCUAUGUUACCCUGAAUUCUGCCAGAAUUGUGCCGGAGGCUUGACGGAGUGCGAUGUUGACAAUCAAGUUUGUAGAGGAGACUGUACAGCAGGGACUUAUGGGGACAAUUGUCUUCAGACAUGCGCAGAAUACAGUGGAAUUGACCAUUGCAUCACCUGUAUAGAUACGACAGAUCCAUUGACCUGUAGACAAUGCGAUCAGGGCUACUUCUCUAACGUCACAACAUGUCAGUCAUGUAAUCCUGGAUGUACGAACAACAUGUGCUCUGGAAUAAAUGGCGCGUGCUUGGAAGGAUGCGUUCUUGGCAAAACCGGAACGUUUUGUGACCAGUUUAAAUGCGAGGUCGAAAAUUGUGCAACUUGUCAGACAAACCAGCAUGCUAAUUGUACAACAUGUAAUAUCGGAUAUUACCUGACAAGUCCUGGAUGUACCCAGUGUCCUGUAAAUUGCAUUGCGGGUUCUUGUGAUGUCACUACUGGCAGGUGUUUAAUUGGAUGCAGCAGUGGAUGGUAUGGUGCUAAAUGCGAUUUUAGAUGUGGAAAUUGUUCCCAAGUCGUAUGUGAUCAGGAUACAGCGGCGUGUCCUGGAUCCUGCUUGUCCGGUUACACUGGAAGCACGUGCGCUUCUAGAUGUAGUAAUAAGUGUUUACAGUCUUGCGAUCAGAUAACGGGCUCCUGCUUUGGUUGUCCAAAUGGCAGGUAUGGAGAAAGAUGUGAUUUUCAGUGUACCAGUACAUGUAACGCCGAAUCAUGUGAACAGUCAACCGGGAACUGUCUGGCAACCUGCCAAACUGGCUAUUACGGAUCGCAGUGCAGCCGGCUAUGUUCUCCGAACUGUAUCAAUUCUGUGUGUGAUAAGGACGGAGGACGAUGCUCUGUAGGAUGUAACCCUGGUUACCAUGGUGAUUCUUGUGUAAAUCAGUGUCCAAUCACAUGUGACCCUCGCACGUGCUCCAGGAACACGGGUAUGUGUGACACUGCUUGCAUGGCAGGUUUUUAUGGGGAUUACUGUGACCAAACUUGUGGUAACAACUGUGUGAGUAGAACGUGUCAGAAAUCUUCAGGGAGCUGUUCUUUGGGUUGUACAUACGGGUUCUGGGGUAACACUUGCGAAACAAACUGUGCUGCAGGAUGCGCUGGUCGAUGUAUACAGACAACAGGUGUAUGUUUUGAUGGAGAUGGAUGUAGGGAUGGUCUCUAUGGUAGUUACUGCAAUCGCACAUGUAGCAACAGGUGCGCAGACAACCGGUGUUUACAAAGCAAUGGAGACUGUGAAGGUAGGUGUGUGCAAGGAUACUACGGACCGUUCUGUAAUAAUGAGUGCAAAACAUGUGCGGGGGGUGAUUGCGAAAGAAACACGGGGAAAUGUGAAGGACAAUGUUUAAAUGGUUACCAUGGCGAUAAAUGUCUUUUGAGGUGCAGUACCCAGUGUUUGUCGUCUUUCUGUGACAAAACAACUGCUAAGUGCCUCUUGUCGUGUGUAUCUGGUUACCAUGGAGAGUACUGCGAUCAAGCUUGCCGUAACACCUGUGCGAAAGGAACGUGUGUCAAAUCCACAGGCGAAUGUGACGAAGGCUGCACCCAAGGGUAUUACGGAAGGUAUUGUAACAUGACAUGUGCAGACGUCACGGGUCAGCCACAAUGUGUCACUUGUGUGCCAUCAAACAACGGGUACACGUGUACUCAGUGUUCAUCUGGAUUCUAUGCUGACGGCACCUGUAAGUUAUGCUAUUCAGGAUGUUUUAAUGACGCGUGUUACGGUACUAACGGCACGUGUACGUUCGGAUGUGAUACGGGGCGUACUGGAGAGAAAUGUGACGAAGAUUGUAGUAUAAACUGCCAGGGACUUGUUUGUGAAAUAAAUGGCAUGUGCAAAUUCGCAUGUGUUAGUAAAUAUUACGGACCGUAUUGCAAUCAAACCUGUGGUCAUUGUACCUCUGGUGCGUGCGAUCGCACGGACGGAACCUGCAGCGUGUCGUGCCUGAAUGGAUAUUACGGAAGUCAGUGUAAGGACGUAUGCUCAGCAACAUGUAGCUCAAGAAUUUGCAACCGGGAUACAGGUAAGUGUUUCACCUGUCCGUCAGGUACCUGGGGAUUCUACUGUGAGCGUCAGUGUUACCAAUGUGAUGGUGCGUGUGAUCAAGACACAGGGGCCUGCAGCGCUGGUUGUGUCGGCAAUCAGCAUCACGGUGACUACUGUAAUAGUACCUGCAGUAAUACCUGUGUCAACAGUCGCUGUGAGAAAACUGACGGUCGUUGUUCAGGUAGCACGUGCGUAGAUGGAUAUUUCGGCGACUUCUGUACGUCGAGGUGCGAAACUAACUGUAAAGACGGGCAAUGUGACAAGAACACAGGCCAUUGUGUGGGUGAGUGUGCUUUAGGUUUUUACGGGGAUUUCUGCACUUCUGCCUGUCGUUCACAAUGUUUCCAAUCUUUAUGUAGUAGGUAUUCUGGUGUUUGUGUACAGGGCUGUGUGACCGGGUACCGUGGCGACCACUGUAAUCUUACGUGCAGCUCCCAGUGCGCAGAUAACACAUGUAAUCAGCAUACGGGGGCUUGUGAAGGCUCUUGCAUGCUUGGAUACUACGGUUCAUUUUGCAACGAUCCAUGUAAUAAUUGCUUGGACGGAAGAUGUGAAAAAUCAGAUGGUGCAUGUUUGGGACUUUGUAAAUCCGGUUUCUAUGGCGAUAAAUGUCUCACGCCUUGUAACAAUGCAUGCGAAGGACCAAUUUGUGAAAAAUCGAGCGGGAAGUGUUUAGGUGACUGUAUCAACGGUUACUAUGGCGACUUUUGUAAUAUCGAAUGUAGCUCUAACUGUUUCGAUAGAGUUUGUAUUAAGUCUUCCGGAGUUUGUGGAUCCGGGUCUUGUUCUGCUGGGUUUUAUGGACCUUACUGCAACAAAACAUGUGCUGACGUCACCAAUGACGUAAGGUGCACUGAAUGUCAGGGAGUAUCUAACAACUAUUACUGUAUCGAAUGCACCCCUGGAUUCUAUGCAGACAACACGUGUAAAUCAUGCAGCACUGGCUGUUUGAACGGACAGUGUUUCGGUAACAAUGGGACAUGUGUGUCCGGGUGUAUCGCUGGUAAGCGCGGGAUCAGAUGUGAGCAGGACUGUAGUGUCAACUGUCAGGACAACAAAUGUAGUGUCUCAGGCGUCUGUACGGUUGGCUGCAUGACUGGAAAAUAUGGCGCCUUUUGUGACCAGGACUGCGGCAGUUGUUCAUCCGGAAGGUGUGACGUCACUACCGGUAAUUGUGACAGUCAGUGUAUAACGGGGUUUCACGGUGAGCAAUGUAAAGACCUCUGCUCCGCUUCAUGUAAGAGUUCCAUUUGUGUUAAGGCGGAUGGUAAGUGUGGAAGCUGCAAUGCCGGACACUGGGGUUUCUAUUGUCAGUUUAUGUGCCAGAAUUGUGCAGCGGGGCUUUGCUAUCAGGACACGGGCGCAUGUACAGGUUUAUGUGAAGACGAUUCUUUUCAUGGUAUUCAUUGUAACGAAAGUUGUAGUGACUUGUGUGCAGACAAACGAUGCCAGAAAGACAAUGGACAGUGUAUGGGAGCCUGUUUAGGAGGAUACUGGGGAGAUGAUUGUUCCACUCGCUGUCACCUCAACUGUAAGACGGGAAGUUGUCAGAAGUCGAACGGAUACUGUUCGGGUGAGUGUGCACUUGGUUUUUACGGUAAUUUCUGCAAUUCUUCGUGUCCUUCAACUUGUAGUCUUGUAGCGUGUGAUAAAACGCAAGGAUCCUGUACGGGUGGCUGUAAAAGCGGCUUCUAUGGGACUUAUUGUGAACAUGCAUGCAGUGAUGGAUGUGAAUCACGUUGUUACCAGACAAGUGGAGAAUGUGACGUUGUUGAUGGUUGUAAACCUGGACGAUUUGGGCCGUUCUGUGCCAGCAGGUGUGGGACAUUCUGCCUUAAUAACAACUGUGACCAGACGACGUCAAAGUGUUUGGACGGGUGCAUGCCGGGAUAUUGGAAUCCCUAUUGUAACGAAACAUGCGACACUACACGCUGCGCUGACUCCAACUGUAACCCAGUUGACGGAAGCUGUCGAGGGGUGUGCCAGCUUGGGUAUUAUGGCGCCAACUGUUCGUUGAUCUGUAGUGCUAACUGUUUGAACCAGCAAUGUGACCAGGCCACAGGACGGUGUAGUAACGCCUGUAAACCCGACUAUUACGGUCAAAUGUGUAAUCAGGAUUGCAGCAGUUGUGCCAGCGGGUCAUGUGAUCGCACCAGUGGAGUAUGUUAUGGCGCAUGUGACCCGGGCUUUUACGGAACAUACUGCCGUGACAGAUGCAACACGAACUGCGCGGGCGGCAUAUGUGACCAAGGUACAGGAAGGUGCUCAAACGGUUGUGUGAGCGGCUACUACGGAGCUACGUGUGACCAGACCUGCAGCAGCUUGUGUAACGGAAGUGUGUGUCACCAGACUACUGGACAUUGUGUGACGUGUGGAUCAGGAAGGUAUGGGGACGCGUGUACCAGUUUCUGUGACUCUCAUUGCCUCGGGAACAGCUGUGAUCGGAACACUGGGCAAUGUAUAUCGGGUUGUACUAUCGGAUAUUACACUGCAUACUGCAACCAAACCUGUCAGCCGGGUUGUUCCUCAAACAUGUGCAACUGGCUGACUGGAAACUGUGUCGGUGGUUGUGAUAACGGUUUCUAUGGCAGUCAAUGCAACCAGCUUUGUAGCGGCUUCUGUCGUAACAGCAUUUGUGAACAGUUUAGCGCCACCUGUACGGAGGGAUGCAUCGCUGGGCGUUAUGGAACCAACUGUACAUCUUUGUGUAUCAACUGUGACACUUGUAAUCAAGUGACUGGUAAUUGUUUAUGUCCAGAUGGGAAAUACGGAAACGAUUGCUCUCUCAAUUGUAAUGGAGCGUGCCGAAAGUCAUCCAGUUUGUUUCCUGUUUGUGACCGUUUAACAGGACACUGCACUUUGGGUUGUGAAGUUGGUUUCUACGGAGACAUUUGUGAUCAGACUUGCAGCGCAUCAAAUCAGUGUCUAGGUACCGGAUGUGCUCAAACCAAUGGAGCAUGCAUCGACGCAUGCGUCAACGGAUGGACAGGCGCUUGGUGCAAUCAGCAAUGUAGCACACAGUGUGUGGAUAAAUCAUGUCAUCAAACUUCGGCCAACUGUACUCUCGGCUGCAUGCCCGGUUACUAUGGAGACGUCUGUGACAUGCAGUGCCCCGACUGCCUAACCUGCGAUAGGAAUGGCGUUUGUGUCACCUGUCAGGCGGGAAAGUAUGGAUCAAAUUGUUUGUCUAGCUGUCCUAACUGCCUGACCUCCCCAACAUCAAGUAGCACGUGCAACAUAAGCUCUGGUGUCUGUCUACACGGCUGUAUGACCGGUUUCUAUGGCGAAAAGUGUCUCAGUCCAUGUUUUAGUUGUCUCACAUGCGACGUAACAGGUAAAUGUUUAACUUGUCCUGCUGGGAAGUUUGGUCAACUUUGUCAGUCAAGCUGUCCGAACUGUCGGGUGUCUUCUACUUCUACCAGCACGUGCAAUGCUGACAGCGGGAUCUGUCUGUUUGGCUGUAAAACAGGUUACUAUGGUGAGAAGUGUGACAGUUCGUGCAGCACAGGAUGUCAAAGCGGCUGCAACAAAGUAUCCGGAACAUGUAUUGAUGGCUGUCGCACAGGUUUCUAUGGUGCCCGUUGCGAAAAUGCAUGUCCCGAAUGUUACACUUGCGACGGAUCCGGUGAUUGUGUGCAAUGUUUUGCCGGGAAAUUUGGAAUACAAUGUUCGUCUAGUUGUCCGAAUUGUAAAGCAGAUGUAUCCUCUGUAGAAACAUGCGAUAAGAUUUCGGGUGUCUGCCUGAAUGGCUGUAACUCUGGUUACUAUGAUGAUAGAUGCAAUACUGACUGUAACAGUGAGUGUUACGACGGCUGCACGAGUUCUGGUGCCUGUAUUGGUGGCUGUAAUGAGGGUUACUAUGGGGAUCGAUGUGACGUAGCUUGCAGUAGUGGCUGUAACGGUGGCUGUCAUUCUGUGACAGGCAUAUGCAUUGGAGGCUGUCUCAGUGGUUACUAUGGCAGCACGUGCAACGUCACCUGUAGCAGUGGCUGCAUUGAGGGUUGUGAAGUGAAUUCGAAUAUUUGUGUAGGUGACUGCCUGGAGGGAUACUAUGGCGAUCGAUGUGAUAUAACGUGUAGCAUUGGCUGUAACGGCGGGUGCCUAACAGGUACGAGUACAUGUAUAGAUGGCUGCAAAAGUGGUUUUUAUGGCGUGAAAUGUGAUGGCAUUUGUAGCGAAAACUGUCAAAACGGCUGUUCCCUUGGCACAAGUGUUUGUAUAAAUGGCUGCAUUAAUGGUUACUAUGGUGAAAGAUGCGACGUUCGUUGCAGUGUUGGCUGUCAGACAAGCUGUUAUGAUGAAUCGGGUAUAUGCAUAGAUGGCUGUCUUGGUGGUUUCUAUGGCGACAGAUGUGACUUGAAGUGCAGUACUGGCUGCAAAAGUGACUGCGAACCAGUGACAGGUAUAUGUUACAGUGGCUGUCAGAAUGGUUUCUAUGGCGAAAAAUGUGACGCAAUUUGUAGUACGGCAUGUGUUGAUGGAUGUUCCGCGACAAAUGGGGACUGCAUUGGAGGCUGUCGUACCGGUUUCUAUGGCAAAAAAUGUGAAUUCACUUGUAGCGAAAGUUGUAUUGGUGGCUGUCGGUACGGAACAAGUUCCUGUAUAGGUUUAUGCCAGGAAGGUUGGUUUGGACCUGAAUGUACUUCGGCUUGCACAAACUGUAACAAAAAUGCAACACGGAUCAACUGUGAUAAAGCGACAGGAGCUUGCCUGUUCGGAUGUAUCACAGGGUAUUAUGGUGCCUUCUGUAGCUUUACAUGUCCAAGCACUUGCGAAACCAAUGAAUGCAAUAUUGACAAUGGUAACUGUUUGUAUGGCUGCAGUGACGGUUACUGGGGAGACCGAUGUGAACGGACAUGCCUGUCUAUGUGUAGGAAUGGAACCUGUCGACAGGUGGACGGAUACUGUCAGACGGGCUGUGAAUCAGGAGCCUGUUCCACUGGAGUUUUAGUUGUACCAAACACCACAAGGAACCUAGCUCUUAUCAUCAGUUUAUCUGUGGUCGGUGGAAUACUUAUACCUCUCAUCAUCGCCAUCAUCUGCUGCUGUCGUCGACGCCGUCAAGGACAAGAUCGCACGACUUUGAUGAACGGAAAUAUUGCAUUGUCUACUGCUAAUGGCGGCGCCGUCAACAAAGGGUAUUCCAGCGGACUUGACAAUAUCAGCUCGGGAACUGGUUUCUAUAGCAACGGGAACAAAUAUGGUCAGGUUGGAGAACAAUUAAGCAUUCACGCGCCGGAUGGUCAGAUCAGUUACAGAGGGGGCGACACACAAAGUGGAAGUCAUGUGUCUGCAUAUUUCGCUAGUAAUACAUCAAACAUGGCCGGAUCUCACAUCUCCACCGACAAAGUUGUCAAGUCCUCCUUUGUCCUUCUGGACGGAACAAAAGGGGUCAAAGUUCAAGAGUUUUCAUCGUUUGUGACUCAAAUGACAGAUCGAGGCUUUGAAAUGGAACAUGCGACACUACCGCAGGGCCUCCAGCAUCCCCACGCAGCCGCACUUCGUCCGGAAAACAGAUCAAAGAACAAGUACAAGGAUAUAUAUCCCUAUGACCACUCAAGGGUCGUACUGGACAUUGAUGCCGAUAACUUUACAGAUUACAUCAACGCAUCCUAUAUUGACGGUUUCCAGACCGAAAAAGCCUACGUUGCGAGCCAAGGUCCCACUGAAACAAUGGUGGACGACUUUUGGAGAAUGGUGUGGAAACUGGACUGUAAAACUAUCAUCAUGGUCACAAACUUAGUGGAGGGAGGGGUUAUCAAAUGUAUGCAGUAUUGGCCCGAAGAAGGGGAGGAGGUUACUUAUGGUAACAUCACUAUAACAUGUGAUGACGUUGAGCGUUAUGCGGACUUCCGGAUAUCCAAUCUCAACCUGAACGUUGAAGGAGAGAUGAAGUCGUUAAAGCACGCCCAGUUCUUGUCGUGGCCCGAUAAGGAAGUCCCUAAAUACGUUACGCCACUUGUGGAGUUCCACGAGAAAGUGAAGACCACAAACAGUGAUGCUCCCAUCGUAGUCCACUGUAGUGCUGGAGUCGGACGAUCAGGAACAUAUAUCGCCCUUGAUUAUCUACUUGAACAAGCAGAAGCUCAAGGUUCCGUCAAUGUCCACGAGUGUGUCAUGAAGAUGAGGAACAAUCGAGUAAACAUGAUACAGACAGCUGGCCAGUAUCAAUUUCUGUAUACGGUCCUCGGGGCUGCUCUCAAUAGUCGGGAUACGAUCGUACCUCUGGAGGAAUUCUCACAAUACUAUAACGUCCUCAGACGGAACAACAACGACUCACAGACACACCUGCACAAUCAGUAUCAGAACCUGAUUUCGCCCACUGAUAUGAUGUAUACAGCCGCACACAUGCCAGAAAACGUCCCGAAAAAUAGGGACCAAAACAUCUUACCGUCUGACGACAGUCGGGUUUACCUGUGGUCGAACUUAAAAGGCUGUAAUGACUACAUCAAUGCUGUGUACCUCCCGACUUUCAAGGAAAAGUACGCUUACAUCGUCACUGAGUUUCCCCAAAACCGGACCGUAGUGGACUUUUGUCGCCUCGUUUACCAGGAGGAGUGUCGCACAAUUGUCAUGAUGAACAACGCCUUCCGCGGGGACCAGAAACAUCAACACUACUGGGGAGGCCUAAACCAACAGAUGGGUUGUGGGCCGUUCCAGAUCAAGGUCACUGAUGAGGAGGUCAAGGACGGAUACAUAGUUCUAACGAUGGAAUUCCGGUAUGAUGUUGAGGCAUUAGCACGGGACAUUGGAGAGGAAGACAAGGGAAGUGUUGAGGUUCGGCAGUACCAGUACACUGGAUGGGAGGACGGCCGUCUCCUUCCCUCCAAUCUUCCCGCCCUCCUCAACAUGAUUGACGACGUCCGGGAGUGGCAGGCGACUACAGCUGGAGACAAAGCGAAGCCAGUCAUCUUACACUGCAUGAAUGGAGCAGAGAGGAGCGGACUGUACUGUACUGUGGCGGCUGCAGUGGAGAGAGUACAGACCGAGGAAAAUGUCAGCCUGGUCCACACUGUCAACCAGAUGAGGGUCCGGCGUCCACAAGUUAUACCAAGCAUAGACCAGUUCCGGUAUUGUCACGAAGCAGUGCUCCACUUCAUAGAAAACCAUUAUAACAACGGUGACUUGAUGCUCUAAAGUUACCAUACCAACAGAACUGUCAGUAUGAAACGGCGGUAUU